ACUUAAUUCCGGCAGACAAUGAAGCUUACUGGGAUCACACAGUAGUCACCAAAGCAGGGCUUUUCAUGUAUUCAGCCCUGGGAACUGAUCGAUGGGGCUUCACUUUGGCAUGUCUCCACUUAACUUUCUCCUCUCUAUGCUUAUUCAGGACACCAUGAUAUUCCCUUUGCUGUCUCCCAUCCUGCACGACUCCAAGGAAUUUCCUAAUCCAGAAAAAUUUGACCCGGAACAUUUCCUGAAUGCAAAUGGUACCUUCAGAAAGAGUGACUACUUCUUGCCAUUUUCCACAGGAAAACGCAUCUGUGCAGGAGAAGGUCUGGCCCGAAUGGAGAUAUUCUUAUUUUUAACAUCCAUCCUGCAGAACUAUACUCUGAAGCCCGUUGUAGAUUGCAAGGAUGUUGACACUUCUCCCAUAACCACCACACUGACAAAUGCACCCCGACCUUAUGAGAUCUCAUUUAUUCCACGUUAGACAAGUGAAGA